UGGCUUCGCCUCUUGGAGUUCACGCUAAUGCCAGUGUGUGCAUCUCGCGACUCCUUAUCACCCUUUCUCUCAAGUGACAGGCUUCUGGUUAUGAUGAAAUUCAACUCUGGACCAAAUUGCCGUGUUGCUUCCCAGUGACUCUGGUGCUCCCUAAAUUCCGUUGGGGUUUCACGUGCCGAGGAAUUGCGAUAGAGUGUUGGCAGUUAAAGACGAACCCGCGCGUCCGUGAGGAUUACGUGAGUGUGGGAGACUUUAAAAAUAAGACACGUCCUGUGUGGCAUUGGCAUUCCCCGCCUAAAUUAUUAACCAAUAUUCGAGACACACGAGCCAGGAAUAAUCUGACUGGUGAGGCGUUUUGGUGGCGUUUCUUGUGUGUACUGAUGGAAAUGGAAAUGGACUAGCCUAGAGCCGUGAAAAUGGACGCAUUUGGCUGUCGCUUUGGAUGAAUAGACACAAUCCAUUCGUCUAUUUACAGAUUGCUGGGGAUGGAAGAACAGCUGUUUGACAUCACUUGAGGGGGCUGCUGGACGCCGUCUGAAGCUUCUGGGGAACAGCAGAUCGACAUGCUCCCCCUGAGCCUAGGCGUUCCCCUUGCUAUUGUCUCAGUAAUUGGUCUCCUCAUGAAUGGAUACAUUCUGCUCGUUGUCAUUCUCACGAAACAGAUCUCGGCCAACAAUCUGCUUCUGCUGCAUCUGGGCCUCGUGGAUUCGCUGCUGUGCUUCCUGUUCCUGCUCUUCUCGCUCCCCAGCAUCGCUCGUCCUGGCUCCUGGCUCAUCACGGCCGAGACGCCGUGCACGCUGCACGGCCUGCUGCUGAUUCUGCUCCAUCCCGUGGCCCUGUGGACAGUGUGCGGCCUCAACUGCGACCGCUUCUACGCCAUCGCGGCACCCCUGCACUACGGCACGCUCGUCAACACGCGAAAGGUGGUCCUGGGACUGGGCUGCGGCUGGCUCGCGGCCAUUCUCCUGUGCAUUCCACCCUUCGUCAGCGUCGCUCCCUUCCGCUACAGUCCCGACCUGGGCGCCUGCACGCCCGACUUCGAGCUGAGCGGAUCCUUGUGGUAUGCAGUGGCCUACACUCUGGUCACUUUCGUCCUGCCCGGCGUCCUCAUCGUGGGCUGCAACAUAAAGGUGCUCAUGAUCGCCCGCUAUCAUCGCCACAGAAUCGCCUCGGCGAUUUACGAGGUGACGCUCUCAGCUCAAGUUACGAUCACCCACCAGAGAAACCCCUUCUUCGUGCCCACGGUCACAGCGCCCAGCGCCGGAGGCCCCAAGUUCCGCUCGCGCAGUCCUGUCUCCAGCGUCCUGCAGCUCGUGGGCUCCUUCUUCAUCCUCUACGUGCCGUACUACGUAGUGAUCAUGUGGCAAGGUGUCAGCAGCUUCAUCUACGGCAAUCACGUGGGAGGCGAUGUGCGCGUGAAUCGCCAUCUGGCCGUCACGGCGGCCGUUCUGCUCACGUGUUCAUCGCCAGUGAAUGGUUUGCUGUACGGGCUGAAGAGCAAAGUGAUGCGAAAGACAUUCCAGAACUAUUGGCGGAAGCAAAUGUCCAAGAACCAAAUGAACCAUGAGAUCCAGGCACGCACGCCGUCCACGUGUGGAUCGCGCAGACCAUCGCUCACGCCGCUGGGCUUCCUGGCGAGGCCGGCCUUGCAGAGGCGUCUGUCUGAGACGCUGAUCAAUCUCAACAGGAGCGGUGAUGACGCGAACAAGCCCCAGAUGAAGAGGAUAGCUUCGGAGCUGGCAUGGAGACCGAUCAGUUACAACGGCGGUUUGGACAGUCCGACAGUUCCCCACAGAGACUCCAUCCCACACACAUCCAGUUGCAACACCCUCCAAGUGCCGAAAGUGGACAAUGAGGUGGCCACUGUAGCGGACCAAGAACUCUACUUGAGCCUCAAGAACUCCUUCCGAGGCGCCGUGAAGACGAGUCCCAAUCCUCGAGCUCACAAUUCCUUCGUGUCUUCAGCGAAGCCAGUAUUGAGCACUGCGAAUCUCCUGCUCCACAAGGUGCUACGCAUCGAGCAUAGCCAAUCCAACGGGGAGACCUACCACAACAUGAAGAAACUACCAACGCAGAUGUCUCCACAUCGACGCUCCCCCAGAAUCCUCAUCACGCGGGCGUUCUCUGAGGAGAGUGACAAGACUCCGUCGGGCCCGGGCUCCCCAGCCAAAGAGAAGCUUCACCGCCAGUACUCGAGCUCCUGCACACUCCUGGAGCGCAAGUGGAAAAUGGUGAAGUACCAGGACGAGGAGGCACGCGAGAGUGAUAGUGAAUCGGACUCGAAGAAGCCAGAUUCCAGCACGGCCAGCAAUUCCACCACAGUCUCAGAGGCUUCCUGCAGACGCUACUCUUCCCUGGAGGAGCAUACAUCCCUGGGCAGGGACGCCUUUGGGGAUGUGGAGCCCGCCGAGGAACAGCUGUUGCUCUCAUGGCCUACGACAAGGAAGAAAUUCGGCGCCAUCAGUAGACAACGAAAAUUCAACGGCAACAGCACGAUUCUUGGCCACCAUCGCGGAUUGAGACCGAAUCCCCUGUACUCCGACCGAUCUGAGGAGCCUGAGGUGGUCCUCUAACGAGGACAGCGGCAGCUAAAAGAGAAGGUUUCCACGUAGGUAUUUGGGUAUAGCUUUUGAGUUUCUUAUCCAAUCCAUCCGGUUCAGCUGGAACAUGCCCAGAAUUUGUUUUCUGGGUAUUUUUCACAGCUUAUCAAAUGAAUUUUCACACCCUUCGUCCUCAAUCAACAAUGAAACUCACCGAAUUUAGUGGAACAGAAUCUACAAGAACAAGAAACAUAUACAAAACAAAGAACAGACAACCAAAGUGAAUUUGAAGAAAUUAUUGCAUACCAAAGAGAGAUAUUUUGAAAUAGAUAAGAGGAAGUGUACUAGAAUUGAAGAAUAACCAAUAAAUAUAAACUGUAGCGAGUAUAAGAGAUAGUUAGUGGAUAAAAUGUGUUCAAUGUACAAAAAUGUGUGGCUAAUUUGAAGAUUUUCCGUAAUGGUCUCAAUAUUUCGUUUAGUUUACUCUAUUUCGAGAAAUCACACUGUUGCAGAGCGCAAUCAUUGAUAUUAGAGAUGUAAAAGCAGGGCAGAUAAGACAUUUGUGAGCAAGAGUUACUGUCUCUCUAGAUUAACCGAAAGUGAUGACUAGGUCAAGAGAUAAAUGGAAUUGUAAUUGUUAAUCAAUAUUGUACAUAAGAGAGCUAUUUUUUAAUGUGUUUGUGCAAAUUCUACUCCUCUCAUAGUAAAAUAUGAUGAAACAAAAGCCCGGAGAAUUAUCAAUUAAUUAAGCAUGAAGAUAGGGCAAAAAAAUUUCAAUUAUAAACUGUAAGAAUGAUUUAGACAAAAAAAAUAGUGAAUUGAAAAAUUAGCAUGCAUCAAAGAGCAUUUAACGAUAGUAAGAACUGUACUUAAAUGUUGAGUGUUUGACUGUAAAAAAAAAUUCUUAGGAUGAAGAAAACGAGAAUUUUAUUUUAGAUUUCCGAAAAAUAUAUUGCCAACUUUUGUUUGUUUCUCUUGUGGAAAACUGAUAAUUGAGCAUGAGUGUGAGUGUAAUUUUGAUAGCAAAGAGCACGAAGGUAAAAACGAGGAACACAAGAAAAGAAGAACACCAAAGAGAGUAACAUAAAAUUGUAUGUCCAUGUCAGUAUUAUACAUUAUACAUAUUUAAUAAUAAUAAUUGCCAUGAAGAUAGUGGUGGAGUAGAAGGAAAAUGGUGAAAACUUGCUGUACCUGUUGCAUACAAAGUGUGUCAUUUAAUUACCCCCUCCCCUUCAAGACAGAGAGCAAAGAAAGAAAAGGAAAUUACACCAAAAUAGCCAUCUUCAGUCUUACUCUAUCUCUUCAGUACUUUCCAUUUCCCGUCGCAAAACCCCCACAGAAAUGUCUCCCAUGAGAAUAGAAUAGAAGAAGCAGUGGGAAUUGUUUCGCAAGAAGUGCAGUGGCAAAAAAACAUGGCUGAAAAAGAACUGUGAAAAUAUCACUGAACCUCAGAGAUUGUUGAUGAAGAAGAUAUUUUAGCAAACCAAAAGAAGAAAUCAUCCAAAGAGAGAUAUUUGUUGAAAACAUAUCCUGUUGAAUAGAACAAAUUUAUGAUGAAGAAUUUAUCAGAGUAUUUUUUAUAUAAGAUGCCAUACACAAGUUACCGUGACAUUUAUUUAAUGUGAAAUAUGGUGGUUUCCAUCCAAAUUGCUUAUCAAUCUCGCCUAUCUGCAAGCGUGUUUGCUGCGCGCCUCUUGCAAAGUUCUCCAAAGCAUUUUUUGGGAAAACGCAUUCAGUGAAAAUGGUGAAAAGAGACACGCGCAGAGUCACGCUUCGUGAUACUCGAGUGCAAUGUGCUAUAACAGUAUGAAGUCGAUGUCGCAGGCAAAAUAAGAAACACCUUCUGAAUAUAAAUAUAGUUAAAUUACAAUGUGUAAAGUACGAGCAUAGAUUAUGUGAAAAUCCUACAAUAUAAGACACAAUAUGGGAGAUGAAGAUGGAGAAGAAAAAAGGCGCGCGAGAUCGUGUGAGGAGAGGAAAAAGAAGUGGGAAUGAAGAGCAUUGGACGAUGUUAACUGUUAACUGGAGAAAAUGCGAAGAACAUAGGAGAGAAUCACUCUAGUAAUUUUAUUGUAAAUCGAAGAACAAUAAGAAUGAAAUUAU